AUGGCGUUGCAGAACAUAGGUGCCGCUAACAGCAGGGAUGCGUUUUACAGGUACAAGAUGCCAAGGAUGUUAACAAAGAUUGAAGGUCGCGGGAACAGGAUCAAGACUAAUGUGGUAAACAUGGUUGACAUAGCAAAAGCAUUGGCCGGACCUGCGUCUUAUACCACCAAAUAUUUUGGUUAUGAGCUCGGAGCACAGUCCAAAUUUGAUGAAAAAACUGGAGUUGCUCUCGUCAAUGGUGCGCAUGACACUGCUAAGCUUGCUGGUUUGCUUGACAACUUCAUUAAGAAGUUUGUCCAGUGCUAUGGAUGUGGGAACCCUGAGACUGAGGUUAUCAUCACCAAAACCAAGAUGAUCCAAUUAAAAUGUGCUGCCUGUGGUUUUGUUUCUGAUGUUGACGUGAGGGACAAGCUCACAGCUUUCAUAGUAAAGAAUCCGCCUGCGCAGAAGAAGGGUGGAAAAGAUAAGAAGGCAAUGCGGAGGGCUGAGAAAGAAAGACUAAAAGAAGGCGAGGCUGCUGAUGACAGUGUUGCACAUGAGGAGAAAGAGGAGGAAGAUGAUGGUGUUCAGUGGGCUACUGAUACAUCACUGGAAGCAGCUCGAAAACGUAUACAAGAACAGUUGAGUGCUGUCACAGCUGACAUGGUUAUGCUUAUCACAGCUGAGGCUAAAAUGGAAAAGCCAAAACCUGCUGCAAAGAAAGUGGUUGCUGCAGCUACUAAUGGUACAGCUGCUGCAGUGAAUGAUGAACCUGAAGCAAAAUCUCGCGCUGUAACUGAAAACGGCAAGUCAGCUAAUGGCAUUGGUGCUCACAAACAACUAGUUGAGAAAAUCCAAGGGAAUCUGAAGGGUUGUAGCAUUGGACAGUUGAAAUCCCUUUUAAGAUCUCUGAACGGCGGUUCUAAUUCCCCACAGGAUGUCAUGAACGCUCUUAUUGACGCACUUUUUGGAGGUGUUGUACACUAUGGGUUCUCCAAGGAAGUGACGAAGAAGAAGAACUACCUUGCUGCUGCAACUCAUGAUAACGAAGGAUCGCAAAUUCUUCUUCUGCGAGCUAUUGAUGCUUUCUGUGAAAAAUCUGGCCCUGAAGUUGUGAAGGAGGUUGCGUUAGUUCUGAAAACACUCUAUGAUGAAGAUGUUCUGGAGGAAGAGUACAUUGUUCAGUGGUUCAAUGAAGGAAUUGCUGCUGGUGGCAGAAAAAAUUCACAGAUAUGGAAGAAUCUCAAGCCCUUCAUUGUCUGGUUGCAGAGUGCUGAAUCCGAAUCUGAGUAGAGAUUCCCGGGAUGAUAGAUUGUUUUAUGUAAUCGUUUUAUUUAUGUU